AGUGGAGAAGUAGAUACGGAAGGUGGUCGUCAUCUCAGGAUUUGAAAUUUGUUUCGCUUGUAAGGGCAUUUUACUCCACAAUUUUGGUCCUCAAUGACAGCGAAAAAAUCAUCUGAGACAUUCUCAUCCCUUUGGAAGUAAUUUUUAACGGAAACAUAUCCAUAGGAGAGGAUUACCAGUUAGAGAUUGCUUAAAGUUCAUGGCGAGUAAACGCAAUGCAAGGAACAAAGUCAUUCAUCGACAAACAUUUCAGAAUAGUAACCAAAUGGUGGAGCUGACAGUGAAGACAAUACCUAAACAGACAGUUCAAAAUGAGGUCUCUAAAUUUCAGCCCACAUUUGUCCGAGACUGUGCUCUAAGAAAAGAAUUACAAAAGGUUGUUGAUGAUAAGAACAACAAUGUCAGUGACAAAAAUGCAGAAAGAAAGGCCCCUGGAAAGUAUUCUAGCAAAAGGGACAGAGUUAAGAGUUCGAAUGGACGAGUUACAGUUGAAGUGAUAAAAAGUAAAAGUAAACGAGACCACCAUGAGGUCGUAUCUCACAAUGCUACUUGGGAAGAAAUGCUUCAUAGCUGUAGUACUAUCACAACUUGUAGUGACAUAGAUGCAACGGAAGACUCCUCUAUAUUAGAGUUGACAAACAACAUGAGAAAUGCGCCCUCCAAAACAGCAAGACAGCCACCGGUGAGGAUUGAUAAGGAAAACACAAAAAGAAAUUUAACCAGAGCUCAGAUUCAGUUACAUAACCAACAAAACCAGUCAGUACAAACAUCAUUUGUCAGUCCUUAUCAACAGAAUGUAACAAAUAACCAGUCCCAAAACAGACAAGGAAAUAAGAGAUCUGUACAAGAAGAAUAUGAAAGACCACGUACGAGUGAAGUUAGAAACACAAGGUCAGUAGCAGUAGAGACAGAUCCAGAUAACAUCAGGUCAAAUGUCCAAGGAGGUCAUACACAGAGGGUAAACGCAGAGAGGGUUCCUUCCAAUCGACUUCAGCAGCCAGAACAGCAGUCAAGCAACAGGCUCCUCUCUGAUGAUGUCAACAGUUCUCCAUUUGGAGAAAGUGCCUUACAGUUACUUCAUCAACUCAGAGAAAGACUAAACACCAGAGGUGACAGUGAAGGAAGCAACAUGGUUGGCGUUCUCGAGGCAUUUAUUGGCAUGCGAGGCAGCAUGGGUAGUGUUGGCACGGGCAACCCUGGCUUUCAAACUGAUAGUGCUUCUCCUCUCUACACUACUGUCUUCCAAACACCGUCAAGCCAACCCACCUCCUAUGGGAUCAGUCAACAUCCUGGGAUCACAAGAUGUCAGCAGCUCCGACAAGAAGCAGGUCAGCCAUCAUGCAGAAAUGCUGCCAGCCAGCAACAGAAUCAGCAACACCAGCCAACCAGCCAAAAUCCGCAAGCAAAUAAGAGACAAGAGAAUGAUCUUGAAAGCAAAGAAGCGAGCAGUGACAAGACUAAUAGCCACAGGGAAAAGGACAUGGAACAGUUAAAGAGAGUCAUAGAACAUCAGAGGAGGAUUAUAUCUGAACAGGAAAAUAAUAUUCAAGAGCUGAAGACGUUGAGUGCACAUAUUUUAGCACAAAAGGAGGAGUUCUUGCAGGCAGCCCAGACACAUCAGAAUGAUAAAGAAUCACGCACAAAUCCCAAGAAAGACUCAACCCCCACACAGUCUUCUGCACAAAAUCGAGACAGUGGAUAUGGUUUUGAAGAAGUGGGGAAGGCAGACACUCCUGUGCACUCAGAAGACAAUUCAACAGAGGAAGAAGAGAGCAGACAACCUGGAAGAAAGGCAGUGAACAAGCAAAGAAAAGCAGAUAGGGCUUUGAGAUCAUCUCUAUUACAGUUACAAACUGAGAACCAAAUAUUGCGGAGGGAAGUGCAGAGUAAUCGUGAUCUUAUACUAAAUCUAGAAAACCAGUUGACCAGAGCCUACAAAGAAAUUGACAGUGAACGUCAGUCUCGUUCUGGUCUCUCCAUAUCUAGACUCUCAGGAUCAGCACCGAACUUAGACCUAAUAGGACAUCGCAAUGAAGCAGUGUCCACAAAGAGCCGAACAAACAAGAGAACACCAUCUGUCUUGGGGGAGAGUGAGGCAGAUUCAGCAUAUGAAGAGAAAAGUGGCUCUCAUCUCACAUCAAAAAUCAAUUCCCCUCACUCUGAUGGUCAACAAGGGAAAGAUUCAACAAUAGGUUCUCUAAGAUCACUCCCUAUCCAGUCAAGGGAAAUUCCUGAGCGAGAGAGGACGACAGUUGCCACAACACAUGACAUUCCCACCGAUACAGCUCUUCUUCAGACAGGAUAUAUUGGCAAGGAGAUGACUGUACCUCAUACCCUCAUGAAUGCAGCUACCAUUCCAACAAGUCAGUUUCUGUUGCAAAAUCCUGUUCUUACCACCCAAGGAAAUGAUUAUGGAGAAACGAAAGAAUCAGCAGGGAAGGUCGCACCAACUGUUUCAGAAGUUUCAGAUGAAGAAAAGGGUAGACAAAAGUCUUCAAAGCCAAGUCGACAGCUCAAUAACAGCCGGCAAGCACCCUUACCCAAGAAAGGUCUUGAUGGCCUAGGAAUCAAAAUCAGUGACCUUGACCCUAAACCAGUAGUUGUUCUACAAGAUCCAACAUUUACUUCCUUCAGCACUGUGAGUGAACAGAGUUAUCAGGAAAGUGUUUUAACCUGUGAGAAUUCUUUUCUUGAAGGAAUCGCAAUGUCAAGGCAUGCAUCAAAACCUAACUCUAGGGUCGCAUCACCUGCAAACCUUAAUAACACGGAUCAUUCUUCUGUAGAGCUCCACCCACUUGAAUCUACUAGAGUAAAAGCUUCUUUCCACACUUUGAGUGAGUCUCACGAAUUUGUUGCACUAAAAGGAAAUGAGACCAGCACCUCUUCAGAAUUUAAUAGUGUUGAAGAACUGGAGUAAACUCACUUUUUUGUAAAUACUGAAUCAUUGAAGAGUAAUACAAGAUAGAAAAUGUAUUUGUAAAGUCUGUUGGAUAAUGAUAUAUUGUGGCAUUUAUUUUGACUGCCUUUUUCUUUUUUUAUAUAUAAAGGUGAAAGUACUUAUCCUAAUUAUUAUACUCAAACUGCUGUUGUAUGACAGUUUGAUAUUUAUAUCUCACUACCCCUAUUAGAUUGUUUUAUCUCUCUGAAUGCAUUUCUAGAAAAUAUUUUUAUGUAUUUUCCAACAUAACAAAGUAAAUUCCUCGCUAUAUGAUCUCAUAAAGUGUGCAUUUCCAUUAUUCAAUGUUAGUAAUAAUUUUGAUGUGGUUUAAAUUGUGUGAUAGUUAAAUCAGUAUCGUGUUUAUUUAAUCAUUAUUAUACUUACACAGUUAGAUAGGUACUCCGCACACAAAAAAUAGCUUUUAUAGCACAGGUUUUAUUGUUGCAACUACCAUUCACUUUUCAGUACAUUUAGAUCUUCCAGUUCAUCAGUCAUCCAUCCCAAAUGUAGUACCUGGUACUUAAUGCUUCUGAGCAUUAAGUUUUAGAUUAAGAGUAGAUAUAUUUAAGACAUAUUUUUGGGCAUAUGGCUUUUAGAUGAUUAUUACUUCAGGGUGCAUGUUAAGAGGAAUACAUUCUUUGCUGAUAAAUGUCUGUUGAAAUAUACAAAAAUUGUAAUAUGUACAAAAAGCUAAGACUUUUUAGUAGGAACAGAAGGUGAAAGCCUUUUUUAUAAUAUUAAAUAUAUUUAUAUCCAAAUGCGCUUUUAAAACAUAGCAUAGAAAUCAGUUUGUCACAAUGGAUUUACUUUACUUAGUACAGUGUUAAUAUUCUUAAGUAGUAAAUACCUUGAUUACUGUUUACUUUUAUCAGGCUUGUGGCAGUGCCAGAUGUCUGAGACAUACCAUGAGACUUUUUCUGAAGUAUGAGAGAGAAUUUUUGCACUUAUGUUUUAUAUUUUUGCGAUAUUCUUUAUAUUUAUUCUGUAUAAUAAAGAUGGUAAUUCCA